AACCCUCAGACUGUUAAGCGCUUAUGUGACCCUCCCCCAACCUCAAACGAGGGAUUGAUACCGUCAUCAUCCAUUAUCAGCGAGCUUACCCAUGUAUUCGGUGUAGUUGCGCUUUGAAGGAACUUCGUUUGAUACCUUGCACUUGCGAAUCAACCAAAGACUGCUCCCAAAACACACUGCUGUUCUUCCUGUCCAAAAUGGUGAAGAUAUUCGUUGGCAAUGUAGCUUCAGCGACCACAGAAGACGAGCUCCGCGCUUUAUUCGAGAAGUACGGCGCGGUGUCCGACUGUGACAUUCUGAAAAACUAUGGCUUCGUGCACAUGGAUGAGGAAGAGGCGGCUCAGAAGGCCGUCUCGGCUCUGCACAAGCACGAGGUCAACGGCUCGCGCAUCACCGUCGAAUACGCCACCACCAAGGUACGCAACGCCACCAAGAUCUACGUGGGCAACGUUCCCGAAGGUGUCACGGCUGCUAAAAUCAAGGAGCUCUUCCAGCCGUUCGGCAAGGUGGUGGAGUGUGACAUCGUGAAGAAUUACGCCUUCGUCCACAUGCAGAGGGAAAGCGAGGCUCUGGAGGCCAUAUCAAAGCUGAACCACUCCAAAGUGGAGGGCCAAAAGAUCUUUGUGUCCCUCUCACGCAGUAACCCAUCCAGAGAUGGCCGAGGGGAGGACUAUUUUCCUCCUCCGCCGCAUCACUAUCCACCUCACCCACACCACCAUCCUCACUUUCUCCCCCCACGCCCGCCGCCCCGUGACUACUAUCCGCCUCGUGGCCGACUUCCACCCCCUCCUCUCCCACCGCCGCCACCCCGCGCCUACUACGAGCGUGAUGUGUACGAGAGGGGCCUUCGCCACGACCCGUACGCCGCCCCAUCCCCGCGUUUUUACGAUCGGGAUCCAUACGACCGGCGCAUUCCGCCCCCUCAGCGGCCCGUCACGCCUCCUCUCGCCGGUCGCUACUACCGUGAGCGCAGCCCUCUGGGCGGUCGCCGCUCUCUCCUGCCUCCGCCUCCCCCACCACCCUCUUCUGCCGGCUUCGCCCGGGGUUUCGCCCGCAAUGGCGCUAGCUCUGCGCCCCCUCCCCCUACCGCCGCUCCUUCCUCCCACUAUCAGCGCUACUCUCUCGGCUCAGGCUUUGAUAAGGAUGAUUAUAUGGAGGACAAGUACAGCAAUGGCUUCAGCCGUAGCUACUAAGCAUUGAAGUUCGUCCGUCCCCUUGUUAUCGAGGAGCUGAGUAAUCUACCAUCAGGGAGUUAGGGGUGAAAAAGUUUUGUAAUAUUCUGUGAUAGUUGUAGCUAUUUUAGAUAACGGGUCAAUCAGCUAAUACUGUACUCAUUUAACUCAUAAAUUUACCUCCGCCCGAUGAAGGAACAGCAAAUAGGAAGUUAAAUACACGUGAAUUUUAUAGCAUGUUAUGUUAUGUUUAAUAUUUGCCAGGCAAAUCAGUUUGAGUAUUUUCUUAAUAUUGUUUUGUUUUUUUGUUUUUUUCACACAAAUCAAAAUAUUUUCAGUUCAAUUUACUCUGGCAUGCACUUCGAAAAAUACAAAAGAUUGCUUGAAUAUAUAAAUAUAUAUAAAUACGUAUAUAUAUUUUUUUGCAUUGACAUUUCAACAUGCAUAGUCUAACCCUACAGGAAAUUGGUUGUUGAAUGUUAACUUUUUUUUUUUCUGUUUGGUAUAUUCAAGUGUUUUAGUUUUCACUGUUUUUUGCACGAGUCGGAGAGUUAAUUUGGAGGUAUUUGGAGAAUUUUCAUUAAUAGGCUCUAACCAAAUUUUAUACUGUCUUUCUUUUUUUUUUUUCCAAGUUUAUAUUUAUUUUUUUUUAUUGAAUCUCAUCUCUUGACUACCUUGAUCUAGGCAAAUGAAUUGCUAUGGUGUUGUUAGACGUAAAGUUGGAUGUGAGUGAGACCAGUGGGAAGGAACAGAGAGGAAAUGGGUAAAGAGGUUGUUGUGGGCGGAGCUGUAUGCUAACUGACUGAUCAACCAAUCACAUCCUACCGGCUAACCGAGCACAUCGCAUCUACCAGCCGCUCAGCUUUCGGAUCCGCUGCCGCAUCCUAGGAUCAAAGGGAGCGAACGACCGACCGACCAGCCGCCUAAUAAAUUAAAAACAACACUGAAUCAUUAGUGCAAUAUCUACACUGUAUUUCGAAAGCUCGUUGUAUUAGACAAAUUUGCCGACUCCGCAGACUCAGAAAGUUUUUAAAGAUUCUAAAGACUUAUUUUGACAUCAUAUUAUAAAUGGACGUGCUUGUGAUUGAAAAUAUUCCUGAAUACUCAACAUUGUUUCCUGUCCUACUUGUACUACUGCUGUUUGCCUAUUGUUAGCGUACACCUCUGUUUAAAAUGUACGUUUGUAAAAAGCCUGUUUUCUCGACUGUUUCUCCGAAACCGCUCUCUUUAUCACACUGUCCACUCGAGCAGGUUCGAAACUUAUGCUUGUUUUGAUUUAAACCUAUGAAAGCAGAUUCAUGUUCUACCAGUCGCUGUCAUCUUGCCGCCUGAAUAAAAAUUCGACUGACUUAGACGCAACGCUUUCAUGUCACUCGUUUUUAAUUGAGUCUCUUUAAUUUCUACCUCAUGUCUCACUCGCUCACGUUAUAUCAUACGUAUAAAACCUUGUCUUGAUCACUCAUGUGUAAAGUCCCAAAUAGUUUCGUACUUAAAAUUGCACUUCCCGCUUAAACCCUUCUUAUAUAAGGCCAAAGGCAUUGAUUUUAAACCUUCCAGUAUUUUCUUUUUAUUCCACAAUGACCCCUGGCCAAUAUGAACGAUUGAAUGUUUGAUGCUCUGUUUCCAUUAACUAACAGCUUUGUGUGGUUCAUCAGGAUGGGUGAGUUAAAAGUGAAGGUAAGUAGUAUUUAAAGCUGGAUUGUUUGGACUCUUGUCAUCCUUGUCACGUUGCACGUUAUUCUCUGUAUCCGUGUGCCUACAGAGCCUGCUUGACUUGUUUUGAGCCUUGUUUUAGUUUUUUCCACUGGUGAUAUUAUUAGAACAGUCACAUGCUGUUUCUGAAACGCUUCAUCCUGAUAGUCAGUGCAGUUGUUUCAUGAUGUCCGUCAAGUGUUUAUAAAGUGUGAUUUACCUUUUCUCCUCACAGGCUUUCACUAGAGCAGAACUGACACAAGUCUGUACUCUGUAAUCAGCUCUUUCAAGAGGAGGAACGGUUUUACACCUCAUAAACUUUAUUUUAUAACUUUGUUUUUUUUCCCCCCUCUGCCUCAGUUGAAGUUGAAGAAAUACUCCAGUCACCAGCAUAUAACUUCUCAUACAAGUGUUUUUAAUGGGAACGAUAAA